AAACUUCUCUACAUUACCUUGUACGCCGUGCUUGGGUCUGCUAUACCAUACCUACCACUCUUUUACGAUGAAUCUCUCCGCCUAUCUUCCAACCAAAUCGGUGUCGUCCUGGCCAUCGCACCAUUUGUCCAGAGUGUAGCCUGCCCUGUCUGGACAAUCCUGGCCGACAAGAAACCUUCAUGGCAUGGUCCUUUGAUGGCCAUCUUGAUUGCUAUCGGAGUUACCAAAACAGACGAAUCCUCGACCGGUUUGAUAUUUGCGGCCGUGCUUGCAUUGAUAUUUGCUUUCUUUGGUCAACCCGUAAGUGCACUAGUCGAUAGUGCUGUACUCAAGAUCCUCGGGGAACACAAGGUCUUAUAUGGAAGUCAACGUCUGUGGGGAUCCAUCUCAAAUGGUGCCAAUAUCCUGCUGGUUGGGCUCUUGAUCAGUACAAUGGGUAUAAAUGUGGCAUUCUAUGUAUUUGGCGUGAGUGUAGUCUGUUUCAUUAUCAUUGCAUUGUUCACUCGAUUUGGAGGGGGGAACGACUCCACCCUUGAUUCGACCUUAUCGCAAAUCAAUGAAGAAAGCCCGCUCCUAAAAGACCAGCCACGGACAACCAACUAUGCCAUCCCACCAGAACAAGUCGAGCAGAAUCACACCCCAGUCCAAAACUCAUUCUUUUCUGCCCUCAGCCAAGUCCCUACUGACCAUAGCAGACCUGAACAGCAUCCAUCAAACUAUGCCUUUGGUCCCAACCUCUCGCGACACGACAGUGUAGGAAGCCACACCAACACAAUCUAUCUCGAAGAUGGCGACCGCAACAUGGACCAAAUGAUGCGUGUCACUACUUCCAUGGCUGCCCAGGAUGUCCAAACAGAGGCAAACGAGCUCUUGCUACAUACCGAUGGAAUGCCUUCUCUCGGCAAAUCAACCCUGACAUCCCCUAGAGUCUGGACGUUCCUGGUUACUACUCUUUUGUUUGGAAUUGCGUAUGCCAUGAUUGCACAAUUCCUCUUUCUCUAUUUGCGCAACAAUCUGGGUAUGGAAUCUGCAUUAAUCGGCUGGACAGGUCCUAUUGGUGGAGUGGCUGAAGUCUCGACAUUCUAUAUAUCUAAACAGUUAUUUGACAAUUUCAGUGUGACAAGUCUUAUCAGCUUUGCACACAUUGUUUUAAUUCUUCGUAACUUUGUCUACACAUGGCUUAGCCCAAACCAAUUCAGCUCGACAGUCAUUGCACUCUCGAUGCAGCUCGUGAGUGGUUUAGCAUAUGCUAUGAUUUGGUCCACAUCCGUCAGUGAAGUAGAUACCUUUUUCCCUGCUGAUCAACGUGCAAUGGCCCAAGGUAUCCUUGCUGCAUUGUUCUCUGGCCUUGGUUACGGUCUGGGAUGUAUCAUUGGAGGAAUGGUAUAUGAUCAGUACGGGGUCACUGCAUUGUUUGAGGUGUCUGCUGCGAUAGCUGCCUUUAGUCUCGGUGUGUUCUUGUUGGGCCGAUGGUCGCAUACU